AAGUUUCUCUUCGUUUAUGUUGUCAAAUGUUAAGUUCAUAAUAAUACAGUGUAACAUUGUCCAUGAGUCAUCUUGCUUAAUUUUUCAUUUUACGUAGAAUAAUCCAAAAAGUAGCAAAAAUGUUUUCGAGCGGUCCGAACUAUACAAAAUUGAAAACCAACUUACGACUCGCGGUCAACCGCUUGAAGUUAUUGGAAAAGAAAAAGACGGAACUUGCUCAAAAAGCUAGGAAGGAGAUUGCCGACUAUUUGAUUGCGGGGAAACCAGAAAGAGCUAAAAUCCGUGUGGAGCAUAUAAUCCGAGAAGACUAUCUAGUAGAGUCAAUGGAAAUUGUUGAAAUGUACUGUGAUUUAAUAUUGGCUCGUUUCGGGUUGGUAACGCAAAUGAAGGAAAUCGACGAAGGAAUUGAAGAAGCUGUUAGCAGUUUAAUUUGGGUUGCCCCUAGAUUGCAAGCUGACGUUCAAGAGUUGAAACUUUGCGCGGAUAUCUUUACUGUAAAAUACGGUAAGCCGUUCGCCGAGUCGGCUAGGGCAGCGAUUCCACCUCAUAAAGUUUCCGACAAGCUCAUGCAUAAAUUGGCUAUUCAAGCACCCCCUAAACUGUUGGUCGAGAAGUAUCUUAUUGAAAUAGCAAAAAUUUUCAAUGUUGAAUACGAGCCAGAUCCACUGGUGAUGAAGGCUGAUAAGCCGAACCACGAGGAUAGCACUCUGAUUGAUCUAUCCGAUAGAAAUAAUCUUGAUGGAGGGAAUCCAGGUUCGGGUGGUGGUGCACCAGCUCCUCUCGGUUUCAUAGGAUAUCCACAACCACCGGCACUACCGCAAUUACCAACAUUUCCUUCCACUGUUCCAUUUAAUUAUCCGGGACCGAGCGCUUCAAGUUUUGGCCAAUCCACAGCACCAUCUUUCAAUUAUAAUAUACCGCCGAAUUCGUGUGAAUCACGAACUGAUGAAGUGAAAGACUUGAACGUAAAUUCACAUUUUAUGCAACAUGAAAAAAGGUCUCAGGGAGAUAUUGGACCACCGCCGUCGUACGCAUCGCUCAGUCCGGAUGAUAAUAUGCAGAAUUCAACCAAACCUAAACCACAGCCCCGGUCAAAGAUUUCUCCAGAAAUGAAUUUUCCAUUGCUACCAAACGUCCCAGCUGAUUUGCCGGAUGUGCCUAACGAUGAAAAUCCGUCCAGAGGCGGCCAGGACAAUGACGAGAUAGAUUUUGACGAAUUGUCAAGACGAUUUGAGGAGUUGAAGAAAAGAAAGUAAUUUCUUGCAUGAGAUCAUACCGAUUAGAGAUUAAGAGUUAUUCCUUUUUUUAACGCAAUAUUAUAUGAUGUUUCAUUUCA